AUGGUAUGGUAUGGUAUCACCUCACCGCUUCCAACGUGUCCUCGAUGUCAACGGACAUUCCGGGCUCCAAUCGGACUUGUUGGACAUCUUCGGAUUAACUGCGCCUCUCGAACGGCACCAACCAUCGUCCCCCCGCCUGCCACUUCCUCCUCCUCUCCGCCGCCAACUAACCCUGACAAUUCUUCUGACCCACCACUUCCAUCAUCCUUUUCCUCCUCCUCCUCCUCCUCCUCGCCCACUGCUCCAACGGCGGCCGCUCAGGCGACUGUCCCGCGCACAACAACCGACACUACCACCACCUCCCCCGACUCCAGGAAUGAGGAUCAGGACUACACCUGCCCUCACUGCGACCGUACCUUCACCUCACACAUCGGCCUGGUCGGCCACUUGCGAAUCCAUCGCACAGAGACUGGCAAACCAGUGCGCGAAGCACCAACCUACACCCACCGCACUCGCCUCCACUGCCCACACUGCCCUCGCACCUUCAGGCAUCGCAUGGGCCUUUUCGGCCACAUGCGCAUCCACGAGAGCGGCCUUGACCGCACUCCCGACACACCCACUACAUCCAACACAUCCACCGUGCACACCCCCGCCCUCGUUCCAUCCGUCCGCACCACCACAACCACCGCCACCUCUGUAGCUGACACUGACACCACCGACUUCUCAUGCCCACACUGUCCACGCACAUUCACCUCACGCAUCGGCCUGGUCGGUCACUUGCGAAUCCAUCGCACAAAGAGUGGCGAACCAGUACCUGGAGCACCCACCUAUACCCACCAAGCUCGUUUCAACUACCAACACUGCCCUCGCACUUUCAGGCAUCGCAUGGGCCUAUUCGGCCUCAUGCGCGUCCACGACGACCUGCGGUAGACAACCGCCGGUUACACCACACAUCCACACACUCCCUACCUCCUCCACCACCACCAUCACCCCACCAGAAAUCAACACUCACACACCUCAUGCACCCAACUGCCACCUCACACGCAAGUGGGAAGUCCGCAUCUCGACUCGGUCCCCUUGCGGCUUCGGCUGCACGGGUGACUUGAGUCCGAGACUAUCCCGACACGUCAAGCGUCGUGGAUAGGAAGGUUGCUGAUUGACGCCCGUUCUCGGUUUACGCAGUUCGUCGCGUUGUGUGUGUGUUGUGUGGAGUGGCGGACUGGUGGGCCGGGAACGGGCUGAAACAGCACCUUCCACGGCACUCUCACGCAAGUGGGAGACACGCCGUUCAACCCCCGUUGUGUGAAAUCCUGGUGUUGUGUGCAUGGGGGGCCAGGUCGUGCCGUGGCGCGCGCAGUCAUGGUCAUUCGACCAUGACAGCCACCGCGCCCAUUUCCCACUCCAGUCUGCUGACCGGCUCGGACAGCGGCUGGGGUGUGGGAGUGGGAAGGGAGAGUGAGGUCGACGACUCAGCGCACUUUCUCCUCACUAUAAACAAUCUGACGCGCUUGAAGCUAUCACGGUGCGCUAAAAGCCGUGGCUUGGAAGGUUGCCAACUGACGGGGUAACUUGGACCUCCUCCUUGACCGGAGGCGUUCUGAGAGUCAGGCUGCAAUGGCUCCUUUUUAAUGUGGCCUUUAUGACACUCCCAUCACAGUGUGGGAUCCGAGCCAGGCGUCGGCGGCACGCCCAGGUGCGGUUUCGGCCGUGCCAGCCUCCAAAUCUCUGUUGUGUUGGUUGAAAUCCUGGUUAUUUGUUGUGUGGACCAGGGGGUGUGGUGGAACGCCAAGGUGAGGAUCCGUCCGAGCCAUCCACCUGCGGCCUCUCUCGUCUCCGGUCUUCUUGACUCUGUCUUGACACCGGGCUUGGGCGAGGGAGGAGGAGAGAGUGUAGGUAGAUGCUACGCAAGUCUACCGGCACUAUAAACCCCUGCGUAAGUCACCGUCCCUGCUUCCACCGCUGAUGCAGCUGUGGGGCACACGGUGGACAUCAUCGAAAACGAUGGUCGAACUGUCAUCACCUUACCCUUAAGUAUACUACUAGCUGCCUGUAGGCAGUUAAUGAAUAUUACGCGUUUGGCUGUGGCUGAUGGACUUUGGCCCAAAUAUUCAUGUAUAAAAUUCUCUGUUUGAUCCUACAGACCUUGAAUAAACUGAACUACUCCAACUUCGUAGGUAAUUUCCCAGGAAAUUAAAUAGCGACAAUUUGCUGCCUUUGCCUGCACACCGUUUUCAUUUCAGGAGUCAGCUGACCCAGCGGCUGUAGAUGAAAACAUUUCCAUGGAGACUCAGUGAUGCAAAUUACGGGACGCCAUUCAUUCGACCGCCCUGGCUGUCCUCCGUAGCGUGCGUCGCCAGCACUGUGACUGGUUCGAUGACAGUGAGGUAACCAUCAGUAACCUGCUCGCUGAGAAGAACAGGCUGCAUAAAACCUACCUCAACUUUUCAAAUGAAGCGAAGGAGGCGGCCUUCUACCACCGUCGCCGCCUUGCACAGCAACAACAGGGAGAAAUACGGGACGCCUGGAUAUCUCGCAAGGCCAGGGAGAUCCAGGGAUAUGCCGACGGCAAAGAAUCCAAAAACGUCUUCGCUGCGAUCAGGGCGAUCUGUGGGCCUCCAACGAAAGAAAUCCGCUGCUUCUCAUCUCCGAUAGAUCAAUGCUUCUGAUGGAGGAGUUGCAGAUUCUGACGCGUUAGGCUGAGCACUUCUAAAGUGUCCUCAACCAUCCUUCCACAAUCUUCGACACCCCUAUCCACCGGCUCCCUCAUGUAGAAAUCAUCAUCGACCUGGAUCUGCAGCCCUCUCUCUCUCAGAAACCAUCCGGGCCGUGCAACAACUCUCCAGCGGUAAAGCACCAGGCUCCGAUGCGAUCUCAACCGAAACCUACAAACACGAUGGCCGCCGACUGAUGGACCAAAUCACGGCAGUAUUUCAGGAGAUGUGGUGCUGCGAACGAGUUCCUUAGGAUUUCAAGUUUCAACCAUCGCCCACCUGUGCAAGCGCAAAGGGAACCGGCACCUCUGUAACAUUCACCGAGGCAUCCCGCUACUCAGUAUCGCUGGGAAGAUCUUCGCCCACCAUCCCUCUCAAUCGUCGCCACCUGGCUCAAGGACGCCUACCGGAAAGCAAGCAAGGCUUUCGACGUAACUGGGACACCACCGAUAUUAUCUUUACCAUCCGCCAGCUCUAGGAGAAGCUCCAGGAUAUGUGGGCUCAUCUCUAAACCACCUUCAUGGAUCUGACGAAAACCUUCCACACGGUGAAUCGCAAAGGAAUGUGGAGAGUGGUGCUGAAGUUCGGCUAUCCAGAGAGAUUCACGCACAUGGUACUUCAGCUCCACGAUUGGAUUGUGGCGCGCGUCACGGACAACGGCGCAAUCCCCGAGGCAUUUGCAGUGGCCAAUUGAGUGAAACUGGGCCACGUACUCGUUCCCACCCUCUUCAGUCCCACGUUCUCUGUCAAGCUGAUGGACGUCUACCGUGGUGAACGCCCCGCGAUCUGCAUGAACUACAGGGCCGACGGGUACCCUCUCAACACCCGACGAGUGAAGGCCCGGGCACGUCUCUCCACAGCCACUAACCACGAUAUGCUCUUCGCUGACAACCGUGCAUUCAACAGUAUGACCGAAGAAGACAUUCAACGGACCAUGGGCAUCUUCGCUUCUGACUGCGCUCACUUCGGACUGGCCAUCAAUACGGACAAGACGGCAGCCAUGCAUCAACAUGCAUCAAUCGCUGGGCAUAGUGCCCCUCGCUGCCGCGCGAACGGCACCAAGCAGAAGACUGUGGACAACUUCAGCUACCUAGGCGGCACAAUGUCUCGUAGAAUCAGAAUCAACGAUAAAGUGGCCCACUGGAUCUCCAAAGCUAGCCAAACCCUCCGUCGAUUGCAGAACACCGUGUGGAAUCGCCAUGGCCUUCGACUGAAUGACAAACUGAAAAUGUGCAAGGCCGUCGUCCUGAAGGCACUUCUCUAUGGAGCGAAGACCUGA